AUGAGCGGAUAUGCUCAAGGAAGCUUGUGGUAUUACGCCCCCAGCAAAGCGGCACCCGUCGUCUUCAUAAUCCUGUUCCUUGUCUCCGGCCUCGUACACCUCUACCAAUGCUUCCGAUACAAGUCGUGGCGCAUCACACUCUUCCUCCCCUGGGCUGCCCUUAUUAUGAGCGCCGGCUUUGCAACGCGCCUGGCCGGUGCCUACCACUUCGACAACCUGAGUUUUGUCAUCGCUUCAACCGUGCUAGUCAUGUCCGGACCGCCCGUGUAUGCUGCGAGCAACUAUCUGGUCUUCUCGCGGCUCCUUUUCUAUGUUCCAUACCUGUCCCCAAUGCACCCAGGCCGCGUCCUGACCACCUUCCUCGGCCUCGACGCCCUCAUCGAAAUCCUCAUCAGCAACGGCGCAGUUCGCAUCUCCAACGCCUCCCUCACCGAUGCGGAGCGCAAUGUCGGCGACAUCAUGGUCAAAGUCUCACUCAUCACGCAAGCCCUCAUCUUCUUCGCGCUUGUGGGCCUCGCAAUCCAAUUCCACAUCCGCGCCCGCCGCGCCGGCGUCCUGACGCCCAAGCUGCGCACCGUACUCAUCGUCCUCUACACUACCUCCGCGGCCGUCUCCAUCCGCUGCAUCUACCGCAUCGUCGAGUACUUUGAGGGCUACAGCGGCAUGCUCUUCACGCACGAGUACUUUUUCUACAUCUUUGAGGCCGCCCUCAUGUUCCUCACCACUCUCAUAUUGAACAUCUGGCAUCCGGGCGCCCGCAUGCCGCGCUCCAACAAGCUCUAUCUCAGCCAGGACGGCGUAACGGAGCUGCGCGGGCUGGGCUGGGGCGACAACCGCAAUUGGGUGAUCACUGUUUUCGACCCCUUCGACCUGGUCGGGCUGUGCCGAGGCAACGACAAGCGGACAAGGUUCUGGGAGAUGACGCCUGAGGAGAUCGCGACGCUCGAGGCGGAGCAGAAGAGGAAUAAGCGGAGCGGGUGGAAAGUCGCGCUCGAUCCGUUCAACUUUCACGGAAAAAACGGCGCUAUCUCGAAGCGAGCAGGGAAGCACGGCACAGGAGGCGGAACAGAGAACAAAGAGGGUACUUUGGGUGUGGAAAGGGCUGUAUCUCCCAAGAGAGACGUGGGUGAUGCAGUCUGA